AUGGCCUCACCGACUUAUAAUCCCACCCAUUCUCAUACACACAUGGUGCCUAUGUCUGUUCAUCACUUGGCGAUCCAAGAAUUCGCUGGCUUCCUACACUACCAUCAAGCGUAUACAGAAGGCGUCCGACACCGCAAUACCCAACUGCAACAAGUAAUUGAUCAAUUACACAAGAAGAUUGACGAAAUGUCGGAUUUUCAGCAGAAUCAAGGAAAAGUGAUAGAGGCACAAAGAGAACGUGUUCGUUUCUUAGAGUCUGCGCAAGCCGCACCCAGUCCGCUCGAGUUGACGCCAGCCGAAUACGUUUCGACGGACAAUACUCAAUUACCGACGUCGUGCAAUACCACACCAAGUUACGCUGCAGCCGUAGAGACGCCGAAAGAGGAUUAUAUGUAUGAGGAGAGUUUGUUAGCCUUCGUAGAGUCCUUUGGAAAUACUGGAGAGGUCGUUACAAAGAGUUUGAAGAGAAUAUCCGAGGAUGAGUCCGAGGGCGAUGCCAAGCGACAGGCUCGGGCGGAGAAUUGGCAAAUAAUGAGCGAUUCUCAAUGA